GUUUUGACUCUCCCGCAGCAGGCAGUCCUCACUGUCAGCCAGGUGGCUGUCCACCUGCGGGAGUUGCUGGAAAGCAACCCCUUCCUCUCCGACCUGUGGAUUGUCGGAGAGGUUUCCAAUCUCCGGGCCUCUUCUUCCGGCCAUUCCUAUUUCACCCUCAAGGACAGUGUUGCCUCGUUGAAUUGCGUCCUGUUUCGCGGUCAGGGUGGCGCGGCAAUCCUCGACAACGGCAAAUUGGUUCGGGCCCACGGGCGGAUGAGCUUCUACGAGCCCCGCGGAUCCACCGACUUUAUGGUGGACCGGGUGUUGCCCGAGGGCGAGGGAGAACUGGCCCAGGAACUGGAACGGUUGAAGGCGCGCCUGUCCCAGGAAGGUCUGUUCGAGGAGUCCCGCAAACGGCCCCUGCCGCAGUUUCCCGAGAUAGUCGGAGUGGUAACCUCGCCCACCGGCGCGGCCUGGCAGGACAUCCAGAACAUUGUCCGCCGCCGCUACCCGCUGGCCCGCUUGCUGUUGUCUCCCACCCAGGUCCAGGGUUUGGACGCGGCUCCCUCGAUUGCGGCGGCUCUGGAGCGUCUGGAUGCGGACGGCAGUUCCGAUGUUAUCAUCGUGGCCCGGGGCGGAGGUUCCCUGGAAGACCUCUGGCCCUUCAACGAAGAGAUUGUGGCCCGCGCUAUCUUCGGCAGCAGGAUUCCGGUGGUUAGCGGGGUUGGACACGAGACUGAUUUCACCAUCGCCGACUACGUGGCCGACCGGCGGGCGCCCACACCCUCGGCGGCGGCGGAGUUGGUGGUUCCCGACGGGGCCAUCCUGCGGCAGACCGUUGCGGCCUGGACUGAGCGGGCCCAGCGGGGUGCACUGCGGGCAGUGGAAGCAGGUCGGGUUGAAGUGGCGAAUCUGUCCCGCCGGCUGGAGUCGGGCCUGCCGGAUCUGGGCAACCUGAAACGCCAGGUGGACGACAUGGCCGAUGUCCUCGGCAACAACUUCAACAACCGCUUGAGAAUGGCGCGGCUGGAAGUUGAUAACUUUGAGAGCCGUUUGCGCACACUGGAUCCGGCGGCAACGCUGAGGCGAGGGUUUGCCGUGGUGCAGCAUGGCGACACUGGCACGGUUGUUUUCCUCGGUUGGCCAGGUGACCGGAGGCGAUUCGCUGAGGAUAACCGUAGCCGACGGAACGAUACCUGGCACGGUGGCAGGCGAGCCAAUACAGGGGAAUAG